CGGUACGAUAUGUCAAUGUCAUGUGAUUUUCGUCAAGGCGGUACUUUGAAUUUAUAGUUUUUAUUGAGUUACUCGAUUUAAUACACAAAUCCUUUUUGUUAUUUCAGUGGAGGUAGUAUAUUUGUGAAAAAAUAAAUUACAAUGAUGAGAUACCGACAAAAGUUUGCCGCCUUGAUAACUAAUAAAUUUCAAAGUAGUUUUUGUAAACAAGGUCCUAAUAUUCUUAAAGCAAAUAGUUUAAAAAGCAAUCAGAUAUUUGGUUGUAACUUGACUUUAAAACAAAGUUAUGUUACUAAGAUAGAUGAACAUGUGGCUACAUAUGAAGAAGUAGCAAAGAGUGUGAACAAACCAAAGAAAAUGAUUGUGGAUGUACGUAAUCAAGAUGAAAUCAAAACCACAGGUCAAAUCCCUUCAAGUAUCAACAUACCAUUGAAGAAUAUACAAGAAGUAUUGGAGUCAAUGUCUGAAGCAGAGUUUCAAAAAAAAUACCACAGGUCUAAGCCUUCACAAUCUGAUGAAUUAAUUUUCUAUUGCAAAUCAGGAAAGAGAGCUACAGAAGCGACUAAUGUUGCUUUAAAACUUGGUUAUUCUAAGUCCAAAAAGUUUUUGCCUGGCUGGGAUGGAUGGAAUGAAAAAAAAUAAAUGUUAAAGUAACCACUUGAUUUAAAAAAUAUUUAUUCCAAGAAUAUCUUAAUCAUUGAAAAAGACCAUAUGAUUUGAAAUUUAUGAGAAUAUUGUAUUAUACUCAAAACAAAAAAGUGUUAUCUUUUAUCUUCUACUCUUUUACCAAAAUCAAUUAAUAAAGCCAUAAUGUAUAGAAAGAUAGCUUUAUGAUUUUGAAAUCAAGUUAAUAAAAAGAUUUAAAUUU